AUGACCAAGGCUGUCGGUAUUGACUUGGGUACCACUUACUCGUGUGUCGGUGUCUGGCAGAAUGAUCGUGUCGAGAUCAUCGCCAACGACCAGGGUAACCGCACAACACCCUCGUAUGUCGCCUUUACGGACACCGAGCGUCUCAUCGGCGACGCCGCGAAGAACCAAGUCGCGAUGAACCCUCACAACACUGUCUUCGACGCAAAGCGUCUUAUCGGUCGCAAGUUCACCGACCCCGAGGUUCAGUCCGACAUCAAGCACUUCCCCUUCACGGUGUUCGACAAGGGCGGCAAGCCAUACAUCCGCGUAACAUACCGCGGUGAGGACAAGGAAUUCUCCCCCGAGGAGAUCUCGUCAAUGGUCCUCGUCAAGAUGAAGGAGACUGCUGAGUCGUACCUCGGUGGUACCGUCACCUCCGCCGUCGUUACCGUCCCUGCCUACUUCAACGACUCGCAACGUCAGGCGACCAAGGAUGCCGGUACCAUCUCCGGUCUCAACGUCCUCCGUAUCAUCAACGAGCCCACCGCGGCUGCCAUUGCCUACGGUCUCGACAAGAAGACCACGGGCGAGAAGAAUGUCCUCAUCUUCGAUCUUGGCGGAGGAACUUUCGAUGUCUCCCUUCUGACCAUCGAGGAGGGUAUCUUCGAGGUCAAGGCUACCGCUGGUGACACGCAUUUGGGCGGUGAAGACUUCGACAACCGUCUCGUCACCCACUUCUCCCAGGAGUUCAAGCGGAAGCACAAGAAGGACCUCUCCGGCAACCCUCGUGCCCUCCGUCGUCUCCGGACUGCAUGCGAGCGUGCGAAGCGUACUCUCUCUUCUGCCGCUCAGACCACGAUAGAGAUCGACUCUCUCUAUGAGGGUAUCGACUUCUACACCUCCCUCACUCGUGCGCGUUUCGAGGAGCUUUGCCAGGACCUCUUCCGUUCGACCCUCGAGCCCGUCGAGAAGGUCCUCCGUGACGCGAAGAUCGACAAGGCUCAGGUGCACGAGAUCGUCCUCGUCGGUGGUUCGACUCGUAUCCCUCGUAUCGUCAAGCUCGUGUCCGAUUUCUUCAACGGCAAGGAGCCCAACAAGUCGAUCAACCCUGACGAGGCCGUCGCAUACGGUGCCGCCGUGCAGGCCGCCAUCCUCACUGGCGAUACUUCGGAGAAGACGCAGGACCUCCUCCUCCUCGAUGUCGCGCCUCUGUCGCUCGGUAUUGAGACUGCGGGUGGUGUCAUGACGCCGCUUAUCAAGCGUAACACCACCGUCCCGACGAAGAAGGCCGAGAUCUUCUCGACCUACUCCGACAACCAGCCUGGUGUGCUCAUCCAGGUCUACGAGGGUGAGCGUGCGCGCACCAAGGACAACAACCUUCUCGGCAAGUUCGAGCUCUCCGGUAUCCCGCCCGCGCCUCGUGGUGUUCCUCAGAUCGAGGUCACGUUUGACAUGGACGCGAACGGUAUCUUGAACGUCUCUGCAUCGGAUAAGACCACCGGCAAGUCGAACCGCAUCACGAUCACCAACGACAAGGGACGUUUGUCGAAGGAGGAGAUCGAGCGCAUGGUGGCCGAGGCCGAGCGGUACAAGGCCGAGGAUGCCGCAGCGACGGAGCGCAUCUCCGCGAAGAACGCCCUCGAGUCGUACGCGUACAACCUCCGGAACUCGCUCACGGACGACAAGCUCUCCGGCAAGUUCGACCCCGCGGACAAGCAGAAGCUCGAGUCGGCCGUCAACGACACCAUCUCAUGGCUCGACAACGCUCAGGAGGCGUCGAAGGAGGAGUACGAGGAGCACCAGAAGGAGCUCGAGGCUGUCGCGAACCCGAUUAUGCAGAAGCUCUACGCCUCUGCAGGCGGCGCGCCCGGUGGCUUCCCUGGUGGUGCUCCCGGCGGCUUCCCCGGUGGUGCCCCUGGUGGCUUCCCCGGCGGUGCUCCGGGCGGCGAGGACGGCCCGAGCGUCGAGGAGGUCGACUAA